UUUGUCUCCAGGUUGCUUCUAAUAGUUAAAAUCCAUGCUGUGCAUAGCUGAGUCCAUGGACACUGGAAGUGAUCCACAGGGCUGUCAUUUCCCCCCCAUCCACACAGCGAUCUGCAGUAGAGAGCUGGAGAAGGUUCAAGAGAAAGGAGACGUUGGCAUGACCACAGUAGAGAAGAGAUGCAGUACUAAACGCAAUGAUUUUCUGGAAUCUCAGGGAUGCUUUGCCAACAUAACAUCCUCUGGCAGAAGUGUCAGCCUCUCAUCUUCCGUUGAAAAGGGUCUAAGUGUCAAUGGGUCUGCUCAUCUAGGCCCUGCUGCAGAUUUGGAUCUGAAAUCCUCCUCCUCACAUUCUGAUCACUCUUCUGAAACCUCAUUGCCUGAAGUCCCAAAGGAUAAAUAUCCCCAGGAAUUCAGCCUGCUUCAGUUGCAGACAAAAGAUGGGCAGCGUCCCGAGUGGACAUUUUACCCACGGUUUAGCAACAAUAUCCACACCUACCACGUUGGCAAGCAGUGCUGCUUUAAAGGGGUCUUCCUCGGCAAUAGGAGGUCUCUAUCAGAAAGGACUGUGGACAAGUGUUUGGGGAAGAAGAAAUACGAUAUUGAUCCCAGGAAUGGAAUCCCAAAGUUAACUCCAGGAGAUAAUCCAUACAUGUACCCAGAACAGAGUGAAGGCUUCUACAAAGCAGGAUCAACUCUCCCGCCAGUGAAUUUUUCAAUAGUGCCUUAUGAAAAGAAACCUGAUACAUUUAUUCCACUGGAGCCUCUCCCACAAAUUCCCGGCUUGCCUUUCUGGGUGAAGGAGAAGGCCAACAAGCUCAAGAAUGAGAUAAGAGAAGUCGAGGAACUUGAAAAUUGGCAGCCGGCGGUCCCCUUCCUGCACAGUUUGCUACCUGCCGAUGGGUCAAAGGACCAUCAAAAAAUAGUAUAAAAGCUGGAGUGGAGCUCAGAAGAGCAGGCUUUUCAGAGGCUUUGCAAUAGAGAGGAGAGAGGUAGCGCCUCCCCCAGCGCAGAUUCGCAGAUGUCAUGGCUGCAGGUCUUCAUGGAGUGUGUGGUUGAGAACUAUUAGUCUUGUAAUGGAGCACAGCCUUUAAUGUCAGGCCUCUAUCCGCAGGUUCUUUGGACUUUUCAAGACAAUCCUGAACAGGGACAGGUUGAGAAAUCACGCAUCGUCUGUCUUCUGGAGAGCCUCUUCCAGUUGAUGGCUUCUGUCAGCAUGACUGUCCUAAAUCAAAUGUUUGACUCAAAUGUGGAAUCACUGUGUUUUGCCCUUUUUAACUUUCUAUUUUGGAAACUUUCUUUCCUCCUUCU